AUGAGUGCUUGUGCUGGCAAUCCUUACCUGGAUUUUAUGCUGCAGAACGCUGUCUUAUUUCCCUGGGGCAGUGACGAUGAGCAGCAGGAGGAGGAUGCAGCCUUGCAUCGCAGCCGCAGCCCACGCAAAGAGUUCAGUGGGUCAGGGGAUAGGCAAGUGGUGGAGGGUGACAGUGCUAAUCCUAUUUCGUGGCAGCUGCCAAAUCCUGCAGCGCUAGCUGGUCGAAUCCUUGAGCAUUGCCAAGCUGUGAUACACCGAGUACGCUUAGAGACUGGAGGCCUUCAGCUGGCUAUCUACAAGAUUGGUAUCACGCACGACUGUUAUGCACGCUUCGACUUGUACAAAGCUAAAGGAUGGGACCAAAUGGUCAUUAUGCAUGAAAGUUCUGAUCUGGGCUCUGUGGAGAUGCUGGAAGCCACGGCGAAGCACGUCGUGACCAUUGCGAAAACCUUCGUCGGUGAGGACUCUUCAAAGGCUCUGCAAUCGAUGGCUCGCUGCUGCAAGAACGAUUCAGAGAAGGCUCUUCAGAAGAUUUUACGGCAGUUUGACUUGACAUUGGAUGUUCCGAUUACGCAGAUGACUUGUGCUUCGGGAGUCGAUGUACCGGUGCUGCUGCCGCAAGUGGACCCCGCCUUCAGGAGUUCUGGGAGCGCUACCGGCAGUCAGUCCCGGAUCACGACAUAUGGCUUCAUUCUUACAUCCAGGAAGAUGCUUUGGUUCCUCUUUUGGUUCACGGAGACGGGGGCUGCGCUUUUCCGAUUGGACGUGCUACAUGUGUACCAUCUUGGGAUGGGCAGGGACUUCGUAGCAAGUUCCCUUGUCGUUUUGCUUGAUGUCUACGAAGCAAGUUCGGUUCCGGAAGGCCUGGAUCUGAUGACUGCAGACCUCAAGAGAUUUCUCUCGCAGACGCGGCGACAACUACACUUCAAGAUUAUCAGUCGCGAUUUAUUGGGCUUCAAGAAAGAGUCGGUCUUUCCGGUCGGACAUUGGAGCAAAGCGAGUGACACGCCCAUUUUGAUGGAAUUUCUCCUUUGGCUUCUUGAGCAGCACCGAAGCAAAAUGGAAGGGGACCAGCUCCUCAGGGUUAUGUAUGGGGCCGCAGAUGCCAUGGGCGUUUUCAUGCGUGCGGUGCUUCAAGCUGGGUUAUGGCUCACCACUACAGAAGCGACCACUGUUUAUGAGGCUUGUAUGCAUUUUUUGCGGUCGUACGGGAAAUGUGCGAGCCUGGCUUUCCGCCGCAGUCUUACCAGGUACAACCUCACGCCGAAAUUGCACUGCUGGCACCACAUCUGCUUGGAUUUGAAAAGAAGCCUGGACCGAGGUUUACAGUAUCAUCUAUCACCGUUGGCAGACGCCAACUUUGCCGACGAGGACUUCGUGGGCCGCGUGUCGCGCUUGUCGCGGCGCGUGAGCCCACGCUUGCAGGGACUUCGCACGAUCGGACGUUACCUUGCUGCUACACGUUCGCAGCUCACUGCCGGGCAAGGGGACUAG